AUGAGCAACCACCCGCAGAGACAAGAUGACGGGGAAAUGCGGGCUACGGAGAGCAAAGCCUACGAUUUACAAACUGCCUCUCCCUCGGACGGUUGUGGAGUGCCCGUGACAGCGUAUCCUUCGCUCGACUCCUCACCUUCGGCCCCUUUCGAACGGGAAGAUACUUCCGCCUACGUCCUCGACGACCACCGUCCACACCUGGCCACGGAUGCACCACCGGCCCAGCAAUCCCCGAUGCCAUCAUCUAGGUCCUCAUCCUUCGCUGCGCGAGCCCCGACACCCGAGACAACCCAGGCCGCCUACGUCCUUCCCAUGGACCAGGACCCAGACAUCACCGUAUACCCGCCUCCACUCCCACAAUCCACAUCGUCCUCUAGCUCCUCUAGCUCAACCUCAUCCCAGGCGCACCCACCCCCCAUAGCAGAAGAAGCUAUCGCAUACGUCCUCCCCGCCGACCAUGACGCAGACACCACCGCAUACCUGCCUUCACUCCCACAAUCCGCAUUUUCCUCUCGCUCCUCCAGCUCUGGCUCAACCUCAUCCGCGCGGCACCUUCCCCCGUUAGCACAAGAAGAGGCCGUCGCAUACGUCCUCCCCAUCGACGACCGCACACCACGCACAUCCGCAGAACCAGCACCCACCGAAUCCCCUCAAUCUCGUCGACUAGCCCGAGCCUUGGCCUCUGGAGCCGCCGCCGCGGCAUACGUCGUCCCCUCCUCGUCAAACCCCGACUCAGCCGUCACCGUCCUGCCGCCUCCCACAUCCGCAACUCCUCCACCACCAGCAGUCUUGCCCUUCCCAUUCACCACCUCGGCAUACGUCCUCCCUACCUCGUCGAACUCCAACCCAACCGUCACCGUCCUACCCCCUCCUACAUCUCCGCCCGGUUCCACAUCUGUCCUCCCUUCCCCCUUCUCCUCCAACUCCAGAAACCCAGUAUUAUUUGCGGUGGCUCCCCCUCCCACAUCAUAUUCCCGGCCCAAACCCUCACCCUCCUCCUCCCGAUCUAGUUCCUUGUCCAGCUUCUUCGCGAAAAUCGGCGGCACCCCUUCGGCUCCUCCUCCUCCUCCUCCUCGGGUCGACCCCUCGACAUCAAACAUGCCUUCUUCCUCCUCCUCGGAUCCUGCCGCCACCACUAAUAUUACAACAAACAACAACGACAGCAACAACAACAACAACAACUACAACAGCAUACUCAAUCCUAACCCACUUCCUCUUUUCACCCCCGGACGCCCAACCAGCCCCAUCCGAUUCGGUUCCGCCUACGUCUCCCGCAUACCAGAAUCUAGUAGCGUGACCGCCGAUCCACCACCUGCAGGUGGAGGAACGUGGAACGAAUCACCACCUCCUCCAUUCGCAAAAGGACGAGGGAAGGGGAAUACUAAGAAGAGGGACAGGUCGUGUUCGCUAUUCUCGUGUUUUAGUUGA